AUGGGGAAAUCGCAGCGAGGCGUGGGUGGGGCCCGAGUGGGCUCUCUCCGCGGCGCCUGCCUUUCUACCACCACCCGGCUAGAAGCAGAGCGCGGUUUUGCCGCGCCUCUGAAUCCAGAGUACGCCGCCGGCGGUGCUCCUGGGGAGUUCGAGGUGCUGGGGCUGCAGCCAAAUGCACGGACAGGAUGGAUCUGGUCCUGGCCCUCUGAUAUUGAGCACGGUCGUUGGAAACAAGAGGAUCACCAGAGGCAGGAUGUGAUUAUCAUGGCGCCUGCAUUACUGGUUCUGUUGUGGGCUAUGGUGAUACCAAGAGCAGACUUACUUCCCGAUAAAAAAUCUUUACUUCUCCCACCUGCCAACUUCACCAUCAAAGUUAUUGGUCUAGCCCAAGUCCUUUUACGCUGGGAACCAAAUCCUGAUCAAGAGCCAAAGGAUGUCGAGCUAGGGUAUCACGUGAGAAUAAAUGCUCCUCAAGAAGAUGAUUAUGAAACCAGAAACACCGAAAGCAAACGCGUAACCGUUCUUCAUCAAGGCUUUUCAGCAAGUGUGCAGACCAUCCCAUGGAAUGGCCACUCCCUCCUGGCAAGCAACUGGGUUUCUGCUGAGCUUAAAGCCCCACCGGGGUCUCCUGGAACCUCGAUUGUGAAUCUAACGUGUACUACGAACACCACAUUAAAUAACUAUAAUCCCUUAAGGCCAUACCAAGUUUCUCUUUACUGUACCUGGCUCGUUGGCAAGGAUGCCCCUGAGGAUACGCAGUAUUUCCUCUACUACAGGUAUGGCUCCUCGACCGAAGAGUGCCAGGAGUAUAGGAAAGACACGCUGAAGAGAAAUAUUGCCUGUUGGUUUCUGAGGACUUUUAUCAGUAGCAGAGGGAGCGACUCCCUGGCAGUGCAUGCUAACGGCUCAAGCAAGCAUGCUACAAUCAAGCCUUUUGAUCAGCUGUUUGCUCUGCAUGCAAUUGAUCGAAUUAAUCCUCCAUUGAAUGUCACAGCAGAGACUGAAGGAACCUGUCUUUCUAUUCAGUGGGAGAAACCCAUUUCUGCUUUUCCAAAUCAUUGCUUUGAAUAUGAAGUGAAGAUUUACAACACAAGGAAAAAUUAUUUUCAGACAGAAAAAAUGACGACGAAUACAUUCAUCUCGAUAAUUGAUGAUAUUUCUAAGUAUUCCGUUCAAGUGAGAGCAGCAGUGAGUUCUGUGUGCAGACAGAUGGGGUUUUGGAGUGAGUGGAGCCAACCUGUACAUGUGGGAAAUGAUGAUCAGAAGCUCUCCACAGAAUGGUUUCUCAUCGUGCUUAUGGCAACCAUCUGCUUCAUCGUGUUAAUUUUCACCCUCAUCUGUAAAAUAGGUCACUUAUGGACCAGGCUGUUUCCACCGGUUCCAGCACCAAAAAAUAGUAUUAAAGAUUUCUUUCUAAUCGUCAGCCCUGAGAAAACUGUUUCCAACGAAACAGAAAUUGAAGUCAUAAGUUACGUGGAAGAGCCUGGACUUGAGACCCUAGAAGAUUCCGUGUUUUGAUUGGCACUGUAACAUUCUCAAAAAUGAACUCACUCACAUGCCUCAGUGAUAAGAACGGGAACUGUUGUUUCUUGGCUAAGAAGAGUUCCGAAUUUACUAAACACUCAGUUUAGCUGCAAGGCAAUACAGCCAGACAAAUCUCUUAAAAGCGUGGAUGCUUCUUCAAAAACUCCUUGCUCACUCAGGGCGAUUGAUGAAUCUGACUAUUCUGCCAUGUCUUUUCUUCCCACUCCGCAGGGUACCAACUCCUCACCUGCCAAUCUUUGUGAUUUACAUUACUUGCCUGAAACUUUGUGCAAAAGACAGUUUUUAAGGCUGAUGUCAACUGGCAGAGCCCGUUUUAUAGCUGAAGCUGCCAAUGGUAAUACUCAGCUGAAAUAUCAGCAAGAAAGCAUUUUGCACCAGCCUGGAGUUCAUUAUGAACGUAGAUUCGAGGCUGUCUUUCCUAGAACAAGUGGGAGCCAUGGUGCUUCCCCCCCCCCCGCCCCCGAGUUCUAGAAUACCUUUUCUUUCAAGUAGUGUGGGGGGUGGGCGGGCUAUCUAUGAUUUAGGAAGCACAACUUGAGGCAAACUCACUACAAAUGUGAAGAGCUAAUAUAUCACUCCAUACCAAAGCAGAGAAUAGGAUUCUAUAUUUGAGAUUAUAUUCUUGAAGGCAGCUUUGAUAUUUGGGAAUAUACUGACAAAGGCAUUAGGUAGAAUUGGGUUGGGAAGGGGAUUGCCCAAUCAACAAUGAACUUUCUGGAGAGAUGUUGGCUUGCGCAUAUUUUGGAGCAACUUCUCGGGUGCUGGUCAAGUAGCUCUGGGUCAAUCCUACAAGCAUCCCAUCAAACAUUCCAAUCUAGACAUCCUCUCUACAUCCUCCUAUAUGAGUUUGCAUCUAGAUUGGAGGCCUUCGUGAUGGGUGAUGGGCUAUAGGUAGAACCAAGUACAUACAGGUUCAUCUAGGGGAGAGAGGAGGUAGGAGGAACAGUUAGAACUCGGAAGGACCCCAACAGUGCUGAUGGUACCUGGGCCUGGAGUAGGGAGCUUAGGACAGGGAAAGGAGGUCACAGUGUUCCAAACCCCCUGUAUGGCAGCACACAGUUUCCAAGUAUUAUGGACUGAAUAUUUGUGCCCAUCCCCCUCCAAUUCAUGUUGAAACUCUAUACCCCAAUGUGAUGGUAUUAGGAGGUGGCGGUCUUUGAGCAGUGAUUAUAUCAUUGAGGGUGGAGCCCUCAUGAAGGGAAUUAGUACUCUUUAAAAGGGACCCCGGGGGGGGGGUUCUUUCCCCUAUGUAAAGAUAUGAGAAGUUGGCAUUCUGCAACGAGUAUGAGGGCUCUCCCGAGAACCCUGCCAUGCUGACACCUUGAACUGGGAACACCAGACUUCAGAACCAAACAAAUUCCUGUUGUUUAUAAGUCACCCAGAGUAUGGUUCUUUGUUAUAGGAGCCUGAGCUAAGAUCCCAAGGGUUGGGAACCAUACCAGAUACUUCACACACAUCAUCUCCAAUCCUGAGAUGCCCACAUCAUUUGUAUCACUGCCCCAUUUUACAGGUGCAAUCACUGAAGAAAGUGCACGAUGAAGGGUUGACUACCAGGCUCAAGUGAGCCCGGUAGAGAGGACUGCUGGAAAAAAGUUGAAGCUUGCUUAGAGGUGGGACCAGGAGGGCAUGGCCCAUGGAGGUGCUGCAAUCACUGGCAAAAUGUUUGAUUAUCUGACUGAUCCAGAAUCUCUGUGAGUGGCGUUCAAGGACCUGUAUUUUUAGUGAACAUUCUUAGACAUUCUGAAACUUGCCAGCACAUUAGAAUCACCUGGAGGUAUCAUUAAAACAGAUUGUAGGGCCUCAACAUCAGUUUCAGAUUGAGUAGGUCUGGGGUGGGGUCUGAGAUUCUGCAUUUCUAGUAAGUUCCCAGGUGAUGCCGAUACUUCCCAGUCACACUUCAUGAACAGUAGCCCUGGGUGUUUCUGAUGAAUACCAAAAUUUGAAAACCAACUGUUGAAGGAGUAAGUGAUGGAAAAGUCCUGCCCCAAAUUGCCGCUUUUUGGGCUCAUCGCUCCUUGUCUGAUGUCUUUCAUAACCAGAACCUAGAAACCUAGGGUUAUGGCCACUGCCUCUGCUAGGAGGCCGGAAGAGAAAGAAGCUGCCCCCAGUUUGGCUGCGUCUUCAUUGUUGGGUGUGGUGUUCCACAUCAGAGAUGCCUCCCUCAACCUCAGCGGCCAGCCGUCACCGUGCUGAACCAGUACCACCAUCUGGAUCUUUGUCUAUGUGUUUCAGGAGCAACACAGUGUAGACCAUGUGGUCUCGCUAGUGCAUUAUGACCUUCCUCUUCCUCACUGCUCAGCUCCUACCCAUUUUUUGGAAACCCAAAUCCCAUGUCUCCUCUGUGAAGCCUUCAAAAACAUUUUGGUUGAUCCUGCCUCUGGGUUUUCAUUCUGGGCUUUGCCCCUCUCCUGGAGCUAUUGCAUUGUAGGAUAUACCAUUCAGUUUGGAUGUCUCCCCAAACUGUGUGCUCCAGGAGGAUGGGGCUUAUGUGAAAUUCAUCCUUUUAUCUAUGGUGUCUAGGACCACUGGACCCUUUAAACCCUCUUUCAACCCUGGCACAGGUCCUUGAAUGUAGUUGGAACUGAGGGAUAUUUGGCAGAGAUCACCAAGGCCUAUAAUAAUAUCAUGGAAAGGAAGACGGGUGUCUAAUGAGAACAUGAUUGGAAAUAACCAGGACACACAUGUGUGCCCGACCAUCUGGCUAGUGUACCCCAGUCCUUUUUUGCUGAUGAUGUGGCUAAGUGGUGACGUAUAAAUGCGGUAUAAAAGGAGUUAGGCUUUGGAUAUGGCAUGCUUUGAGUGCUCUGUCCAGUUUUCACUAGCCUUGUCAUGACAAAUCAGAGUGUGAACAUUCUCUGAACAGUAAAUACCCUCGUCAACAGGUUGAUUAGACACUGGCACCCACCUCUUUCCAUCUCCCACCAGGAUAGGAGAGAGGGCCAGCUGUCUCCCAAAGAGCCUUCGGUUGCACGCUCAGAACAAACUGUGCUUCUCUAAGACAUCCUUUCCAAUAAGGAUUUUAGUCCAAUGUCUUUCUUUGGCAGUUGGAAUUCUCUGAGCGCAGCAUAGGGAAAGUGCUAGGGAGCCUGGAGGGGAAGUUCAGUGUGCCAACAGCACAGCCAUCUGAGCCUUAUUGAAAUGCCUCAAGGCCUCAAGCUAUUUAUGCAGGCUGGGCAAGAAUUCCACUUGGGCAAAGAACAUCCUGAUUAAAAAAUCCAAACGUUUUCAUGGUGAGACUUGUAUGUGUCAGGACCAUCUGUUGGUGGAAUUAAUAAACCUUAGGUGCUAAUUUGUUAAAGAAAAAGUAGGUGUCUAGAAGCAAGAACAGAGAACUGAAAACAAUCUUUGGUGGCACAAGGCAAGGUGAAAAACCUAAUUAGAACAGGACUUGGUGUUAGCCCAAGGAUCUUUGUGACAAUGACCGUGUAGCUAUUCCUGCCUCCACACCCUGCAAAUAAAGUUCCAGGAUACAAACUUUUUGAAAGCCAUUUUUCAAAGAUUAUAUUGAACCAGAAGGCAAUCUUAUCUUUUUGCCAGUAGCCCUCUGUUUUAGGUAAUACAUGUGAAUGUAAAUUCACUUCAGAACAAGAACUGUUUCACACAGAUGACGGUGAAUUGUCUAAGUCCACAAAUCGAACAGGAGUACACUUCUCAUUCCCUGCCCCCAUAUUCUCAUUCUUUGUCCCCAAUAUCAUCUUUAUCGUCUCUCAGCUAGGACCAUUACAACUCAACUAAAAUCCUGGCCUCCAGUAUUUUCUUUCUUGGGAGGACCUACAUAAAAGGCACAUCUGCCUCCAUCACCCCUGUCCAAGGCCCUCAGAUAACUCCAUCACCUUCAAGUUAAAGCUCCUGUCAAUGCUAAGGCCCCUGGGACACAGCUCCUCAGUAGCUCCCGGGCCAGAGUCCCAAGGAGCAACCCUCCAAAACGAACACCACGCUCUCUCAACCCUCCAUGCCUCUGCGUAAGCUUUCUCCUGUGGAAAAAGCCUUUUCAAUCUUUUUCUUCAUCGGUUGACUGUUAUCUUCUAAAUUUUAGUCCUUUGCCACCAGGAAAACUCUGUAUUCCCCAGGUAACUUCUUUUUGAUUCUAUUUUAUCACUUACUGUAUUGUUUAAAAUUUUUUGGUCUCAUUUAAAGUGGAGACAUGUUGAGGUCAAGAACAACGUACUUAACCACUGAAUUGGAACUGGCUGAAUUUAGCUGGACAAUGAAAAACAAAGUGAAUUUCUCAAAAGUGUACCAGAAAAAGCUACAUAUAUUCAACUUAGCUCGAAAGAAUGAAGCUCUAAUGGGUAGACUCAUCUAUUAAAGCUGUACAGCGACAGCCAGAAAUUAGACCAUCACCAAAGCUUAAAAAUGAAGUAAUAAGAACUCACAGUUGGUGUGGCUCUCCUUCCCGAAACGCCUCUCUCUACCUCACUGGCCGCUCAUCCCUUGGGUUCCGUGGAGCUCCCGCUGAACUUCGGGAGCCAGUACGACCCAUUUGGCUCUUGAUAAAUGAGUGGCAGGUGAAACAAAAUUAGCCCACGUGGCCCGUGCGCGUUAUUUAAAAGUUCCAGUGGACCCUCUUCACCAUGAAGGUGUGUUACCAGGUUAGUUUCAUUCAUUAAAACUAAAAGCAAAGCGCUGUCCCUGCCAGGUGAGAAAAUGAAAGAAAACAUAAACCUGAGAAGAGGUGUGGGGGAAUCGCAGGAAAGAAGUCAACAAUGAAGUACUGGUGUCAUAGUUCAAAAGUCAGCAAGUUUCUUCUUAAAGAGCUAGAUAGAAAAUAUCUUCAGCUGUGAGAGCCAUCUGUUCUCCGCUGCAACCGCUCAGUUCUGCCACGAUAGCACAAAAGCAGCCACAGACAGUAUAUAAAUGAGAGUGGCUGUGUUCCAAUAAAUCUUUAUGUACAAAAACCAGGCAAUGAGCCAGGUUUGGCCUGUGGGCCAAUAUUUAUCUGUACAUAGCUUAAUGGAUCCAAAAUGUUACAUUUGAGUGUGCUGUUUAUUUCUUUCUCUUUUUUUAAGCAAAGCAACCAAUUUGAGAAAUAUGUUUAAUCAAUAAAAAUCAUUCUAUGGUGGA